GCUCUCCUCCUCUCCAGGGCCGUCUCCGACGCCGCCCGCCGCCCCUAUGAGGGCUGCGGGGCUCCAGGAGCCCGGCCGGUGAGCCGCCAGCUGGUCCGACAUCUGCAGCCCGUGCUCGAGCUUCUCCGCCGCCAGCCGCGAGUGGCUCCGGAAACAGCCGAAGGCCGAGUGAGCGCGGUCGCGGCACGCCGGGAAAAGCCGAGUGGAGCCCGCCGGCCGGAAGGUGCGGCCGCGGGCAAAGGGAUCCGGCCCUGGGCUGUCGCUGGGGCUCUCUGGCCAGCGGAGGCUGGCGGCGCGGACGUGAGAAGGUUACUGGGGGCGUUUAAUAGCAGAUUUUUAAAGUCAGGGCUUUAAAGAGCAAACAAAACCUGGGGCAGAUCCGGAAGACAAUUCCGGAAAUCGUGGUAACCAUAGAGACGCUAUCGGAAGUUGGGGUUGCUAAGAAGCCUGGGCGAGUCCGCUAAGCUGCGUAAUGGUGGAUGUCCCAGAAAAUUACUACUCUGGACCGGAUGAAGUUGAGGACUCCGGACCUAAGAGACCUGCAUUUCCCAAACGCCGUAAAGUAGCUGAAAAUGCCGAACCAGACACUAUUGCAGAGGCAGACCCGGAACUAUUAGAAGAGAUUGACCAAGAGCCACAGCCGGAGACCUCCUCAGAGACUGAGGAAGAGCAUUUCAAAGAGGGGGCGCCAGAGAAUGCUAACGAUAUACAGCUAAAACCAGCCAGGUCGUCGGAGGAAAAAAUUAUCAAGGAGUCUGAAAUAGACCUACCUAGGGAGAUUGAGCCAGGGAGUUCCCAAGAAGUAAGGCAGGAGACAUCAAGAGAGAUGGGAGGAGAGCUUUUCAGGGAUUUGGAGGUCCCUAUGGAUGAAAUGGGUGAAGAGCCAGGUUUAGAGCCACCGGGGGAGGUUGAAGGAGAUGGUACGGAGGAAUUGCUUAAAGAAUCAAUUAAGGAAACAGAUCUAGAGCUACCCAAGGAAACCAAGCCUGAGGUUCCAGGGGAUACACUCAGUGAGACAAGAUUAGAUUUAGAAGAGACUGAACCAGAGGUUCCAGAGAAAUCAUUUAGAGAGCAAUAUGAAGAGACAGGUCUAGAGCCUCCAGAGCAGACAAAACCAGAAUUUCCAAGUGAGAGACCAAGAAAAUCAGUUGAAGAGUCAGAUAUGCAGCCACCAGAGAUGACCAAACCAGAGAUUCCAGAAGAGACUGGAAGAAAGUCAACCAAAGAACAAGGGACAGAGCCACCUGAGCAUACAAAACCAGAGUUUUCAGACCAGAAACCAAGAGAGUCUACUGAGGAAGCAGGUCUAAAGCCUCCAGAAGAAACUAAACCAGAGGUUCCAGAGGAGAUGCAAAGGCAGGUAGCUGAAGAGAAAGAGACAGAGCCACCUGAGCAGACUAAAACAGAGUUUCCAGAUCAGAAACAAACAAAGUCUACUGGGAAGACACAAAGAGAGUCAAUUGAGGUUAUUCCAGAGGCUCUAGAGGAAAUCAAAUCAGAGUUUGUUGAGGAAAAAUCAAAACAACCAAUUGAGGAAACCAGCCUAGAGCCACUAGGAAAGACCAAACCAAGAAGAAAGUCAAAGGAGGAAGAAAUUCCAGAGCUACAAGAGGACACAAAACCAGCAGAUCAGAAAGAGAAGUCAAGAAAAUCAACUGAGGAGCCAGGGCUAGUGCCACCACAGAAGUCCAAACCAGAGGAGACACUAAGAGACUCAACUGAGGAGGAAGAUCUAGAACCACCAGAGCAGACCAAACCAGGGUUUCCAAAGAAGAAACAAAGAAAAUCAACUGAGGAAACAGGUCAUGUGCCACCACAUGAAAUCAAACCAGAGGCUCAAGAGAAGACACUAACAGAGUCAACUGUGGAGGAAGGUCUAGAGUUACCAGAUGAAGCCAAACCACUGUUAAGAAGAGAGACAGAUGUAGAAUCCUCCAAGGAAGAGAGACCAGAAUCAAUCAAACCUAAGUACUCUGUACAAGUGGAUGAUCUAGAGCACCCCAAACACCAAACAAGGAUAUCAGUAAAAGAAACUAAAGAAGUUGAAGGGUCUCUUUUAGGGUCCCCCACCGAAAGUGAAACGGAACCAACAAAUGUAGAUUACAAGGUUUCUAAAACACUCGAAGAGCUAAAUGGUGUCUGUAAAACCAGCUCAAACUCACAUCCCUCAGAGUUUCAGAGGGAUUUAAGGAAGUCCUUUAGUGGAGAGAAAAUUGUAGAUUUGUACCCGGAGGUGGAAGAACUGAUACUUGAAGAUAAAGAAACCCAGCCAAAAGAAAUUGUACAAUUUGCAUAUCUUAAAUGGAGCCCAGAAGAGGUUGCAGAGUGGAUUAGCCAGCUAGGCUUCCCUCAGUACAAGGAGUGUUUUACCACAAAUUUCAUCAAUGGCCGGAGACUCAUCCAUGUAAACUGCUCAAACCUCCCUCAAAUGGGGAUAACGGAUUUUGAGGACAUGAAGGUAAUUUCUCGGCAUACGCGGGAGCUACUGGGAAUUGAAGAGCCAUUAUUCAAACGCACCAUCACCCUUCCCUACCGGGACAAUAUAGGUUUAUUUUUAGAGCAAAAAGGUCAUUCUGGGGUAAAAUCUGAUGCCUUAACCUUAUCUGGAUUUGUCCAAGCAGCAGGAUUACAGGAUUAUGCUCCACAAAUAACUUUCCCUGAAGAGAGUGGGGUAUUACAUUGCAUCGAACCAUAGCCAUUUCACUUAGCUUGAAAGAUCAAACUAAAGUACUUUGGGGAAGAAAUGUGGUAUUCUUUGGUUUUUCUUUUCUCCUUUUCAUUAAGAACUUGUAACUCCUGGCUUCAUUCCUAGUUCUACCACUGACU